AUGUCUAAUAACCGGAACUACGAUUUCCUCAUCAAACUUCUCCUUAUCGGUGACUCCGGUGUCGGAAAGUCAUGCUGUCUGCUUCGGUUCAGCGAGGACUCCUUUACCCCUUCUUUCAUCACGACCAUUGGUAUCGACUUUAAGAUUCGCACCAUCGAACUUGACGGGAAAAGGGUGAAGCUUCAGAUUUGGGACACUGCUGGCCAGGAACGCUUCCGAACCAUCACAACCGCAUAUUACCGUGGUGCUAUGGGUAUCCUCCUCGUCUAUGAUGUCACUGAUGAACGCUCUUUCAACAACAUUCGCACGUGGUUUUCCAACGUAGAGCAACACGCUAGCGAGGGCGUCAACAAGAUUUUGAUUGGCAAUAAGUGCGACUGGGAAGAGAAGAGGGUCGUGUCGACUGAACAGGGCCAGGCCCUCGCCGACGAGCUAGGCAUUCCUUUCCUCGAGGUUUCUGCCAAGAACAACAUCAACAUUGACAAGGCCUUCUACAGCCUUGCCGCCGAUAUCAAGAAGCGACUUGUGGACAACUCCAAGAACGAACAGCAGAAUGCUGCCGUAAACGUUGCGGACAAGGGCGCCGGUGGCCUGGGAGGAAAGUGUUGUUAA